AAACACACUCUUUCAUCCUCACUCACCCUAUCCAUUCUUCUCCCUCCCUCCCACCCAAAAUCCUAUCCUUUCACCACCAUCCAAUGGCUUCCAUUUCCGCCGCAGCCACCGCGGCAACCACCUUCAAUUACACAACCGCCGCAUCCUCCACACAAACCCCACCAAAACCCUCUUCCAGUUUCUCCUUAUCUUCUUCCUUCAUCUCUAAAUCCUCUACUACUCUUUUCCUUAAAUCCCCACCACAAAACGCCGCCGUUUCACACCGCCGUCACUCCUUUACUGUCCGGGCCGCGCGUGGGAAAUACGAAAGAACCAAACCCCAUGUCAACAUCGGAACCAUCGGUCACGUUGACCACGGCAAAACUACCCUCACCGCUGCUUUGACCAUGGCCUUAGCUUCCACCGGCAGCGGUGUCGGUAAGAAAUACGACGAAAUCGACGCCGCGCCGGAAGAACGUGCCAGAGGUAUCACCAUCAACACCGCUACCGUCGAAUACGAAACGGAAAACCGUCAUUACGCUCACGUUGACUGCCCCGGUCACGCUGAUUAUGUGAAAAACAUGAUUACUGGUGCUGCACAAAUGGACGGCGCAAUUUUGGUUGUUUCCGGCGCCGACGGACCAAUGCCGCAGACAAAAGAACAUGUUUUACUUGCGAAACAAGUAGGUGUUCCUAAUAUGGUUGUUUUUUUAAAUAAACAAGAUCAAGUUGAUGAUGAGGAAUUACUUGAAUUAGUUGAAUUAGAAGUUAGGGAGCUUUUGUCUUCUUAUGAAUUCCCCGGUGAUGAUAUCCCGAUUAUUUCGGGUUCUGCUUUAUUAGCUUUAGAGGCUUUAACUGAAAACCCGAAAAUCGUUAAAGGUGAGAAUAAAUGGGUUGAUAAAAUUUAUGAACUUAUGGCUGCUGUUGAUGAUUAUAUUCCUAUCCCACAAAGACAGACUGAAUUGCCUUUUUUAUGUGCUAUUGAAGAUGUGUUUUCGAUUACGGGUCGUGGGACUGUUGCCACGGGUCGGGUCGAGAGAGGGACAGUUAGGAUAGGUGAGACAGUUGAGAUUGUUGGGCUGAAAGAUACUAGGACUACUACUGUUACUGGUGUUGAAAUGUUUCAAAAGUUGUUAGACGAAGCGUUGGCUGGUGAUAAUGUUGGGUUGUUAUUGAGAGGUAUUCAGAAGGCGGACAUUCAACGUGGGAUGGUUUUGGCUAAGCCAGGGACGAUUACCCCUCAUACAAAGUUUGAGGCUUUGGUUUAUGUGCUUAAGAAGGAAGAAGGUGGCAGGCAUUCGCCGUUUUUUGCAGGGUAUAGGCCGCAGUUUUAUAUGAGGACUACUGAUGUUACUGGAAAGGUUACAUCGAUUAUGAAUGAUAAAGAUGAAGAGUCCAAGAUGGUUAUGCCAGGUGAUCGUGUGAAGAUGGUUGUUGAGCUUAUUAUGCCUAUUGCUUGUGAGCAAGGAAUGAGGUUCGCCAUCAGAGAAGGUGGAAAGACCGUUGGUGCUGGUGUUAUCCAGUCCAUUAUCGCGUGAUUUCUUUAUCUAUCUCAAGUUUGUGGUGUCACUUUUGAGUUGUUUGGAGAUUUAUAUUCAUAACUGUAUGCACUUAAUUUUGCAUUUUUAUGAUAUCACACAUGCUUGUUGCAACUA